UUGUACGACUGAAUUUGGAGUGAGCAAACGAUAACUAUUUCACGAAAAAAUUAAUUAAAAAGUUCAACAUAGUAACGAACUAUAUUCUAUGGUAUGCGCUAACAACAAAGCAAAGAUUCUGCUAACGUAAUCAUGGCUACCGAUCAAGGCGGAACAUUUGACCCAUUCAAACAAUUCGGAAUAUUUGGGAUAGCGUUUUUGAUAAUCAAUGCAGUUCUUGUAUUCAUGGGAUUAGGGUUGGUUACCGUUGGUUCCCAAGCUUUAAAUGAAUUGUCAAAGAUCAAUUCAGAAAACAUCAAACCCCUUCUGGAAUUGGAUUCCGUUCAAGCAAUUGUCAUGGUCACAACUCUCUCUAUUAUUCUUAUCGUAAUUGGAAUAGUACUCACAUUGGGGGCGUUUGGACUUGGUAUCGCUGGAGUAUAUUUUAAAAAAAAGUUCAUUCUACUUCAGUAUGCCAUUUUUGUUUUGAUUUUACUUCUUAUGAAGAUUGUUGUCAUAGCUUUGUGGUUCACAAUGAAAAACGAGGUAGAGACGGAUAUGCAAGAACAAAUGGUGACAAUAUUGCACUCUUAUUAUUUAGAUGACAGGACUACAAGCAGCUAUCCCAUAUCUAAUGCUUGGAAUUACUUGUUUUUGACGCUUGGCUGUUGUGGAGUUAAUCCUGUAAUAUCAACAACGAAUGAUUUCGAUGGUACGUCUUGGUGUACGACGUCAGGAAGCUGUCAAGCAACUGCCUCACAAAUCCCAAAGACCUGCUGCCUCAAUAUUAACAAAAACAAUUAUACCUCUGCUCCAUCUGCAUGUCAUGCAAGCGUUAACCUAGGAACAUACAAUACAAAGGGUUGUUACGCUGCACUGAAGGAAAGGUUGCUGUAUCAUUCAUUGAGCAUCAUUGUUCUUGCUUUAACGACUAUGUUUAUUGAGGUAAAAGCGUUGAGCUUGGUGUUUUUGAUACGUGGUAAAAACAGACAACAGUGUCUCACCCUAUGUCGCAACAUGUGCGUGUCACCGUCAGUGGGAGUUGCACCAGAUAAAAGCAGAUGGAUUUGAAAUUGAUUCACAUCACGAAGAAGUAAAUCGAAUAUACACACUCUAAGAGCUUGUUAACUUAUUUGAUUGUUGUACUGCAAUUGAUAAGAUCAGUAAAUGGAACUAGACACGAUUAAAGAUCA